UAGAUCGCGCUUAUUUGUCUCCUCCCACACGAAUCAGGCGAACAACCGAAGAAGGGAAACGAUUCUGAAUUCCAGAAAUGCAAUCAAGACUAGCAACCACCGCCGUAAAUAGGUCGUGUUGGGCUGUCUCCGCUGCCCACUAUCAGUCUCUAUUUCGGAGACUUGCGGCGGUCUCCGGUAGUGGCAGGACUGCUGACCCUGCAGUUCACUAUACAGACGAGAGAGAAUUUAAUCCAGCCGUCGAGUAUGGGGAAGCUGAGGGAAUAGAGAAGGUUGCGAAGGCUAAACCUGCCAAACAAGAACCUAAAACAGAGGAAAAAUCAAUCGGAGGAAUAGAUCCACUUGUCCCUCCGAAGCCACCAUCUGCCCCAUUUCCUCGUCUCGAGAGCACACCAGCGAACAUCCCAAUCGAACCAAUUAUUCAACAAAAGCGCAAAUCCACGACGGCCCCAGAACUUGAAGAGGUAAGUUGUGCAGGGCUAGAUGGAACGCCAUGGCCUGAGGACGCAGAGAGAGGAUACAAAACAGAGGAUGACAAGGAAUACUUUGGGCAUCACAAGGCAUCUCCGUUGUCGGAGAUUCAGGUGGUUGACACCAGAAAGCCUAUAACGCAGGCUACGGAUGGAACUGCCAAUGAAGAGGAUGAUCGGAUUCUGACUUCUUGGCUGCCGGAGCAGCUCGACACUGCCGAGGAGGCACUAGAGAGAGCGAGCAGGAUUUGGAAAGAGAAUGCAAUGCGAGGUGAUCCGGAUACGCCGCACGGGAGGGUUUUGAGGGUUAUGAGAGGGGAGUGGUUUUGAGACUUAUUUUCAUUGUUAAUCCCAACGUGUAAUGGUAAUGACUAAUUUUCAUUUUUUUCUUGUGUUCUCGCUUUGAAUGAGAAAUGACGUUGUGAAUACAAAUUCUUCCUGAGAAUGCUUGUCCAUUUA